CCCCCCCUCACUGGAGACCCUGCUUCAAUCAGCGGCGUCCCCGCGCCCAGCCCCGCGCGCCCAGCCUGCCCGGGGAGCUGUCCCUGCUGCCCCAGCCGAGCCAGGGGAGAGGGGGCUGCUCGGAGCGGACGGUCCCUUUCCUGCCAGCUGUUGCCCGGGGAGGGGUCGGAGGCGGGUCCGGGUCAGGCCGGCUCCUCCCGGUGGCUCCGGCCCGGCUGCCCCGAGAUGAGCAGCCCCGAUGCGGGCUACGCCAGCAGCGACGACCAGACGCAGGCAAGGUGCUCGCUCCCCAUCAUGAUGCCGGCCCUGGGCCCCUGCCAGUGGGCAGAGACCCUGAGCCCCCUCGCAGACGCCAAGGUGAAGAGUGAGGCGGCCCCGGCGGGGGCUGCGAGCAGCCGGGCCAAAAGCGAGUCCCGCAUCCGCCGGCCCAUGAACGCCUUCAUGGUGUGGGCCAAGGACGAGCGCAAGCGGCUGGCGCAGCAGAACCCGGACCUGCACAACGCGGAGCUCAGCAAGAUGCUGGGGAAGGCCUGGAAGGCGCUGUCGCUGGCGGAGAAGCGGCCGUUCGUGGAGGAGGCGGAGCGGCUGCGGGUGCAGCACAUGCAGGACCAUCCCAACUACAAGUACCGGCCGCGCCGGCGGAAGCAGGUGAAGCGCCUGAAGCGCGUGGAAAGCGGCUUCCUGGCGCACGGGCUGGCGGAGGCGCCGGGCGCCGGGCUGGCCAGCGAGGGCAGCAGGAUGUGCGUGGAGAGCCUGGCGCUGCCCUACCCGGAGCAGGGCUACCCCGCCGUGCAGAGCGCGCUGCCCCCGGCGCUGGGCCACUACCGGGACUGCCAGCCCCUGGCUGCCGCCUUCGACGGCUACAACCUGCCGACCCCGGACCCGUCCCCGCUGGACGCGGCGGAGAGCGAGGCGGCCUUUUUCACGCCGCCCCUGCAGGACGAGUGUCAGCUGGCGCCCUACGGCUACCCCGCGGCCGAGUACCCCGCGCACGGGGCCGAGAGCCAGGCCAGCGCCGCGCUCCGCAGGCACCUGCCCCGCGCCGAGCCGCUGGGGCAGCUCAUCCUGCAGAGCCUGCUGGGCUGCCAGGGCCCCCUGCACGCCUACUACGGGCAGCUGUGCCCGCCCGCCGGCCCGGCCCGCGCCCCCCAGCUCCCGCCGCAGCCCUGCCAGCCCUCGCCGCCGCCCGAGGCGCAGCAGUGCAGGGAGCCGCUGGAGCACCUGUCGCAGGACGAGCUGCUGGGCGACGUGGAUCGCACCGAGUUCGAGCAGUACCUGCACUUCGCCUGCAAGCCCGAGCUAGGGCUCCACUUCCCGGGCCACGACGCCGGCCUGGCCGCGCCAGACGCCCACGGGCCCCUCUCCUCGGUGGUUUCGGAUGCGAGUACUGCUGUGUAUUACUGCACUUACCCAGACGCCUAAUAGACACGGUCACUCCCAGCGCUCUCGCGGUGCGAAGUAGCUGUGAGUCUGUGGCGGACUCCCCGGUGAUGGGAAGCCUUGUACGGAAGGGUGUGUGCUUUGCUCCUAUUUAUGUAAUUUAUUGGAAUCUUCACUGGAGCUAUGGGACAGUCAACCUCGGUCGAAAAGUACUUAUCUGUUUGAGAUAAAACAUGGUUGUUAUAAAAUACAGGUAUGGGUCUUCUAUGGCUGGCUGACCUGCAGCUGGUUCAUCUGUUUUAUAUGUCAAUGUCUGUCUGUUUUGUAAGAGUAAUGAUAAAAGUGGUGCCCCUCUUGCCCACAAUGUUUUUACCAGUUAAACUUUUUAGAAAUGCCUCCUUUAAAAG